CUGCCACGCAGCUUGGUUCAUUCAUUACCGGCUUUACCCGGUUUCCCUCCGGUGGUUUCCCAAACCCUAUCUCCUUAACCCAACACAACCCAGAAAUGCAAUUCAAACCCAACGAAUAAUUUGUUGUCUUCUCUUUUCAUGGCUGACGGCAUUGAAUCCUUCGACCAUGUCCCUCAACAGAGCCGCCGUGAUAAGCUCCGAGAACAACCCGACCGCUCCUCUUUCCUCCCUUUUUACGACCCCUCAUUAAUUUCCUCCUCCGACAUCCUCUCCGCCGCCGCCGCCGCCAACAAUCCUCUUUUCCAAUUCCACCACCCCUUCUUCGACACACAAAUUCCCUCUUCCCUCUUACCCGAUUCCAACAACUCUGUUCUCUUAAACCAUUGCUACGCCGCCUUCAAGCCCGAACCCCUCUCUUUAUCUCUCUCCUCUCACCCCUAUCUGAGUACUGUUAAUGUUCCUCUUGGACCUUUCACUGGGUACGCUUCCAUUUUAAAAGGGUCGAGGUUUUUGAAGCCUGCUCAGCAGUUGUUGGAGGAGCUCUGUGAUGUUGUUGGCCUUCAACGGACUCAAUCCUCUUCGGCCACUUCCGGCAGUUUGAGUGACUGUGGAGUUGUUCAUCAUUCCCUUGCUUCUAACAAAUCUACCCUUGUUUCCAUGCUCGACGAGGUUUACCGAAAGUAUAAGCAAUACUAUCUACAAAUCGAGGAAGUGAUGACAUCGUUCGAGUACAUCUCCGGGCUCGGGAAUGCAGCGCCCUAUGCCAACCAAGCUAUAAAAGCCAUGUACAAGCAUUUCCAAAGCUUGAAAAAUGUAAUUCUUGACCAACUUAAAUUCAAUAAAAGGAUUCAUGGUGGUGACUACAGUCAAAGAUCGGUUCGAAACCCGGGAUUUCUCGACCAUCAGCCUGUUUGGCGGCCGCAACGAGGACUACCCGAACAAGCAGUGACGGUUCUUCGUGGUUGGUUGUUCGAUCAUUUUUUGCAUCCUUAUCCUUCUGAUACCGACAAGCUUAUGUUGGCUAAACAGACUGGUCUGUCUCGUAGUCAGGUCUCUAACUGGUUCAUUAAUGCAAGAGUGAGGCUUUGGAAGCCAUUGGUUGAAGAAAUAUACAAUCUUGAAACAAAGCAAACACAGAAGAAUUGCCAUAGAGAAGAAGAUCGAAACGAGCAUCCUCCAUCGCGAAACGAACCUCAUGACGUACCAAUGGGGAUUCAAGAUGAGCCCUUUAACAUAUGUUACAACUUGUCAAGCCAUCCCCAUAUGGCGAGCAACAACCACAACGGCGGAGUUUCCUUAACUCUUGGCCUUCACCAGAACAAUGGCAUUGGCGGCUUCCCUGUUGGGUACGUAAUGGGUGGACAUUUUGGUAGAGAUGUUGUCGGAACUCAGCUGUUACAUGACUUUGUAGGCUGAAAUUCAUUGUGUUUGUAAAUGGGUUUCCUCUAAUUAGCUUCCUUCUCGGAGCUUGAGCUGAAUGGAAUUAAGAUCUGACCCUGUUUUCCUGACA